UUUAAUAAGGGUUCCCAAUUUAUGGAGCACUCCAAUUGAUUGAUCGGUAGUAGAAGACAUGCAUUCAAGUCAAAAUAGCUGCAAUAAGGGUUUCAAGUUAAUGUAGCCUUCUGAUUGAUUGAUCGAUCAGUCGUAGACAUGCAUUCAAGUCAAAUAGAUGAUACUUCUAUACAAUAUGCUGAAUACUAGAUUCCAUAUCGAGUAUAUACCUAAGAUAAAUCAUGAGCAUCCAAAGACUAAGGUAUGUUUCUAAUAAGACAUUCCACAUGGGCGCCUGAUUAAUCAAUUCAAGGUUUUGUAUCCAAAUGAUACACGUUGGAUUCCUAGCAAACAAAAAUGACAUCUAUUAUGCAUCUAGUGGUUGGUUGGUGACAUCUGCCACUGCCAGCAAAACAUAUUCCCUUGUCUACAUACUUGACGGAGAAUCAAAAGAGUUUGGUUUGUAAAGAAGCAAUAUUAUGCUUUCCAAUAAGAAUGAGACACCUGCCCCAAAACAAAUAUAUUGUAGAAAAAUAAAUAUUCAAUCUAUAACUUACUUUUAUAAGUACCUCGCUCAAGGUUCCACAACUGCCUCUCAGAAGUACAGAACUUCAAUAUUCCCACUUUCAGUAGCCAUGACCACGUUUAAGCUGCUCAUGUUUCUUUCUCUUCAAAUGUUCUUCACAACAAUGUCAUCAAUCCAAGCAGCAAAUUCAAAGCUCUUCAGAGAAUACAUCGGAGCUGAGAACAACGGCGUCACUUUCGAAGAAGUGCCCGUUGAUUCCAAAGUUGAAUUUCACUUCAUUCUCUCCUUUGCUAUUGACUAUACACAAUCCAAUCAUCCUACACCCACUAAUGGCAACUUUAAUGUCUUCUGGGACACACAGAAUCUUACCCCUGCUCAUGUAUCCGCCAUUAAGGCUCGUCAUCAAAAUGCUAAAGUAGCUCUGAGUCUUGGAGGUGAUACCGUAAGCAACAAAUAUGCAUACUUCAGUCCUACAUCAAUCAAUUCUUGGGUUAGAAAUGCUAUCAACUCCAUAGUUCAGAUAACGGAAAAAUAUCAUUUGGAUGGAAUUGAUAUUGACUAUGAACACUUCCAGACAGAUCCCAAUACAUUUGCUGAAUGCAUUGGGCGACUACUCUUCUACCUUAAACAAAACAAUAUUGUGUCGUUCACAUCAAUAGCACCAUAUGAGAAUGAUGCAGUGCAACCAUAUUACUUGGCAUUGUGGAGGAAGUAUGGGCAUCUCAUUGACUAUGUUAAUUUUCAGUUCUAUGCCUAUGAUAAAGGCACGACUAUAAAUCAGUUUUUAAAACAUUUUGAGAUCCAGAGCUCAAAUUACAAAGGUGGAAAGAUUCUAGUGAGCUUUGGAACAGAUGGAAGUGGGGGGUUGUCCCCUGAACAUGGGUUCUUUGAGGCUUGUGCUAGGCUUCAACGUCAGGGCAAACUUCAUGGCAUUUUUAUUUGGUCUGCCGAUGACUCCAAGAAGGCUCAUUUUCGUUAUGAGAAGCAAUCACAGACCUUUCUGGCUAGCAUAAAAUGAACUGUUUUUUUUUUCUCCUCCCUUAUUUGUAUUUGCUGUUAUGUUAUUCUUAAUUGGAAAGAAGGAAGCAAAUAGGAUUGUUGUU